AUGCAGACAAGCAAUGCUUUUUUGCCUAUGGUAGGUUAUAACAAAAAAUGUGAAUUGCUUCCUGUCCUAUCGUCUACCUGUGCCAUCGCGCCAGGCAAAGCUUCAGCAGCACGACCGGCACUACCAUUACCUUCGUACCAUCAGCAUCAAGAACCCAUUCAGUCGGUAGGACGCAAACGCCGGUGGUUCUGGCACUGGUACGAUACGGCGACAAUCGGUGGGCUACGACAAGGCCCUAUUGUCUACCUGCAAAGGCUCGACUCAUCGCGCGACAUACCACGGCCCACACUUAAACUGCCAAGCCUUCCUUGCCUUGCCCCCUCACAUUCCAAAACUUGUUUCGACUGCUCGGGUGGUGACAAUCAACGAUAA